CGUGAGUGAGACUGAGCAGCGUGUGGUGGAGGCGGCGGCGGCGAGUAGCGUGAUAAAGCCUCUCUCUCCUUCUACGCUGUGGGGCUGCGCGAAACACACGUUGUAUUUCGCACUUCUCCAAUCAAGGUAGACCGAACUUUUUUCUGGUUCAGGGGAAGAGAGUUUUCUAAAUUGACCAGAGUACAUCUUGUGGAGCUAACCAUUGACGGUAAAUCGAGAAUCAUGUCGGCAUCGGCGGCGAAAGUCAGUAGAAAGGAGCAGAACUCAAAUCAUGACGGAGCGGACGAGACCUCGGAAAAAGAGCAGCAAGAAGCUAUCGAACACAUCGAUGAAGUACAGAACGAAAUUGACAGAUUGAACGAGCAGGCAAGUGAGGAAAUUUUAAAAGUAGAACAGAAGUACAAUAAGCUACGCCAGCCUUUCUUCCAGAAGCGGUCAGAACUCAUAGCCAAAAUUCCAAACUUCUGGGUCACAACAUUCGUCAAUCAUCCACAAGUUUCAGCUCUUCUUGGUGAGGAAGAUGAGGAGGCACUUCAUUACCUUACCAGAGUGGAGGUUACAGAGUUUGAGGACAUCAAAUCAGGUUACAGAAUAGAUUUUUUUUUCGAUGAAAAUCCAUACUUUGAAAACAAAGUCCUCUCAAAAGAAUUUCACUUGAACGACAGUGGAGACCCAUCUUCAAAAUCAACCGAAAUCAAAUGGAAGGCUGGAAAGGACCUGACAAAGCGUGCCGGCCAAACACAGAACAAGGCAGGUAAGAAGAGGCAACAUGAGGAACCAGAGAGCUUCUUCACCUGGUUCACUGAUCACUCCGAUGCAGGGGCAGACGAACUUGGAGAGGUCAUCAAAGAUGACAUCUGGCCCAAUCCCCUGCAGUACUACCUGGUUCCUGAUAUGGAAGAUGAGGAAGGAGAGGGUGAAGAUGAGGAGGAGGAUGAGGAGGAGGAAGGACUAGAGGACAUUGAUGAGGAAGGUGAUGAAGAUGAGGGAGAAGAAGAUGAGGAGGAAGAGGAGGGAGAGGACGGAGAGGAUGAUGGUGAGGAUGACUAAGCCCUGAUAAGGACAUAUUCCAACCACCUCCUUACCUUCUCCUUCCUUUUUUACGUCAUCCUCUGACCCGUGGGAGCAAAAAGCUUUGUUUUUAUUUUGUUUUUUUUAUGAUUUUUUUUUUUUGUGCUCCGUCUUCUGUUCUACUGAAGCCUCUCCCUGUCCUUACCAUGUCUAAUACAAGUUUAAUUCCCUGGACAUUUCCCUGCAUUGGAAAACUAGUGGCAUCUCGUUGCUGAAGCCUCUUGCAUCAUCUUCGAUUACUACACCCAUCUCCAAAGACAAAAUACAAAAUAUUAACAAUCUGCACGUCAUCUUCUGUAGACUAAAAUGAAGUAAAUAGCAGUUUAUAUAUAAGUAUAUAAAUACAGUUUUUUUUUGUUUUUUUUUUGUUGGUUUUUUUUCUGUGAAUGGUUGUGAGUUGAAUUAUGAUAAGCCAUGGUGCAGUGAUGACCUGAUCAUAGCAUACAUACCUAGCCACUUUUGUGUUUUAUUUUAUUUUUGUUUUUUUGUUUUUUUUUUCCCUAUAUGUACAUUUUCUUCAAUGCAGAGGUGGGCCCCAAGGAGUUGACACUGUUUUUCCCAUGUAAUUUCUUGGACAAAUGGAAAGCACCAGCUUGUCCCUGUCACCUCUUGUAAAUGUUUUGGGGUCAAUAUCAGGGUAUGACAGUCAUUAUUGUAGACAGUUUAAUGGGGUUGGGUGGGGCACGUGGGCAUUUGACACAUCAACAUUUGGGUUUAUGUUGAUUGAAUUUUCAUUGUAAUGUUUUACAAACACCCAUGAGAUUUGAAAUUUACAUUUUUAAUAAAAACAAAACACAAAAAAACUUUCUCUUGUAAUUUUGAGCUUGCCUAAUUAAAGGAUUAUUUAAGCAAGAGAAAAUAAAAACCUGUAGAAUCUU